AUGCUGAUCCCCGCCCAGUCGGCACCGCCACCGUUCUCCUCUCUCCGCUCCCUAUCGUCACACUACAUCCUCUUCCCCUCCCACUUCCUCCCCCCUGGCGGCGUCGUCCUUCCCCCGCUCCGCCGCCGCGGCGACCUCGCCAUCCGCAUGGGCGGCGGGCCGCGCACCUACCCCGGCGGCGUGUCCAAGUGGCAGUGGAAGCGGAUGCAGGCCAAGAAGGCCCGGCAGCUCCUCAAGGCGCGCCUCGCCCGCGAGCGCCAGCUCUACGAGAUGCGCAAGCGCGCCGAGCUCCGCGACGCCGUCGCGCACCUCGAGCGGCCCUGGGACCCGGACUCCUCCUCCUCCGCCGACCAGGCGUCCGCCGUGGCUCCCAACCUGCUCUCCGUCGCGGCCGAGGACCAGCUCAGGGCGCUCGCGGACCGCUUCCACCGCCCCGGCGGCGUCGACCUCUGGAACGACCGCGACGGGCCCCGGGUCUUCGCGUCCCCGGCCACAGGCGCGGCCUCCGCCAGGUUCUUCCCCAGGAACGCCUUCCACAGCAUACAGCCCUACGCGCUCGUCAGCGCUGGCGGAGAGGCGAGCGCGCCGCGUGGCAGUGCGCAAGGUGUUCGUGAGAAUGCCGCGGAGGAUGAAGCGUACAGUGGCAUUGCUGAUCACGAGCCUGCGGUUGAACUCACGGAAAGGGAUGGAACAUGGGAGCCGGUGAAUGCCCUCAGCGACGCCGAUGACAGCAUUGCCGGUGACUGGACCUCGGAUGAUGAUGAUGAUGAUGAUGACAACGAUGCUAUUUCUGAAUCAAAGGACAUUGGAGAUGUCGGUUCUUGGCACGAGCAAGGAACCGUGGUUAGGAGAAAUGGAAGGAGCAAUGGUGUGGCAAGAUGGGAAGCUGCAGGUGCAAUGGCUGCUGGCAGCAACAGCGACAGAGGUUGGAGUGGUAAUGCUUUCUUCUCGGACUCGGAAGGAGCAAGAGAAGGUCAUCGUGAGAAAAGAUGGCAGGAGAGAAGUAGCGGUGCAAGUCCAAGGAAGCAGGCCAGUGGGAGAUGGACUGGCUUGAAGACCACAGCGGGCAGCCAUGUCAGGCAGAGGGGGAGAACAGGUGCUGGAUCUUUCUCUGAAUCUGAGGUGAUCCGCGGCGGCUCCGAGCCGAAAUGGAGAGCAAGCAAGGGCAAGAAAGAUGACACGGGGAAUGGUGCCGGCAGGUGGAAUGCUCCUAAAAGGGAUUGGAUGGGUGAUGGCUUUGAUUCAGAAUCAGACAGUGCAAGAGGGAGGGAAAUGGAACCAAGACGGGGAGCUAGAAAUAAGAUGAAUGGAAGGGAUAGUCUUAGAGGAAGAUCGAAACCUAACUACAGUGCUAAUGCCAACGGUGGGGAGAAGCUGUUGAAGUACUUGAAGGGUGACACGCACGCAAACAGCAGCAGUGGCUUUGCGGAGGAUUUGGAGGCACCAAAAUGGAAGCCGAGAAGAACGAAUCGAGCUAGGAACAACAGUGGUGGCAGAGAUGAUGACAUGGGUGGGAGAUUCAGGCGAGGUGAGGAUGGCAGAAAGGACGGUGGACGUAAGACGAGCAGGAAUGGAGGGACGGCGGCUCUGGGGAGACGAAUACUCGCUACGGCCAACGUCGGAAUUGCGCGGAUAUUGGUCGGAGACGGAAUCGGAUGA